AUGUCGGCACUAACGGCUAUCCCGUAUUUUGCAGACAUAUCAUUCGGCUCGAUUACAACCACUUUCCUGAGUCCGGUCUUCUAUUGAACGUUCUAGUCUGUGAUAUCGCGCCCUUCUGACUCAGUAGGAAAAUGCUACAUGAUUCGUUAAAAAAUAUUUCACGGUAUUACAUACUAAACCGUCCAAUAAGUUAUAAGUCACAUUUGACCAUUUGUCUAUUUGCUGUCUACAGGGUCUGUGGUAGCCAUAAUCGUCGUUGUAUGGAUUCUUUCCUCAUUAGCUGGAUCAAUGAUAGAAUUUCUACCCUUGGAGCAAGAGAAAUUCUAUGGCAUAAUUGUAACUGUCGCAUUCUUCUUCACGCCACUCAUCGUUAUUUUGGUAGCUUAUGGUACGAUCUUUCACAUAGCUAGAGCGCAUGCACGAGGCAGAGGCGUCAGUUCGUUCAAAAAGGUACUAUGCUAUGCUAUUGCUAUUGAUAGCCACAGUAAUUCUACCACUGGACCGUACUGUCUGCAUGAUCAUUAUCAUGUGUGCUUUUUCUCGAUUUUUCCCAGUGCUGAAUGGCAUGCAGUGAUCAUAGUCCAUGUUUUGGUAAUAUGUUGCAAUCUCAUGAAAAUUAUGGCUAACGUUCUUAAAAAAACACAUAUACCGUAUUUAUUCGAUUAACCGCCCUGGGCGCUUAUUAAAUUUUUGGACCUUGAGAGUGGGCGCUCAUUCGAGGUGGGCGCUUAUUCGAGGCUGGGCGCUUAUUAAAUUUUCACUAUUUUCAGCAAGUGAAGUAAGUUUAUUUUGCAACAAAACAAAUAAUGCUAAUAACAAAACGCGAAGAAGUAACAAAGAAAGGUUUCUGUAUAAUAAUUCGAAGAAAACUCCGUCCCCCGGGAAGUCUCUUAUUAGAAUUUAUUCACUCAAGUGGGUGGGGUGGGGGUGAGCGCUUAUUUGAGUUUGAUUGGGAGGAGGAAGGGGUGGGCGCUUAUUAACUUUUUCUGCCUUUAGAAUGGGCGCUUAUUCGAGGUGGGCGCUAAUUCGAGGUUGGGCGCUUAUUCGAAUAAAUACGGUAUUGUCAAACCUGUAUUAUGCGGUCACCCUUUGGGAAUGGCUUACUGAACGCUUAAUACAGGUUGACGGUUUAAUACAGCUUUGACAAACCUAAGAGUUGUUCAACCAAAUAAAGAUGGUGAAAGAGCGAACCCGCGACAAACUACUUCAAAGUGCUUCUACCUUUUCUUGUGGCAAAAAAGGAAGUAAGAGACCAGUAAACACCAUUAAACUGUAUCUGUUGCAUUAGUAUGGUAAAUAUUGUCAAAGUGACCGUCUAAUAGUAACGUAACCGCCUAAUAGAAGUGACCGCUUAAUUCAGUUCAGUUUUACAGUAACUGAGGGAAAUGAUUUCCGAGAUGUAGUCAAACCUCUUCUGACAGACACCUCUAUUACUUACAGCUCACUUGCUCCUAAAGAUAGUACACUUCAUGUAGUUCCUAUCAGUAUAAUAACGGACACCUUUAUUGUGCGGACAUCUGACUUUGUCCCUUUGGUGUUCGCACCGUAAAGAAGUUUCCAUGGAUUCCCCGUGGUAGAUAUAAAGUAACUUAGCAUGAUAAAUACACCACACAAAUAAAAGUUGUUAAAACUGUACUGGGACAGCAAAUCAAAACACUUCCAAAUACUCUAACCGCCCUUGUCGCAUGGUGUUCAUCAGUCUUCGGAUCUUAUCGACCACGUUAUCUUUCAUUACUUGACUAUCCAAUGACGCUGAAUAUUGGUGUUGAUUUUAGGCACGUGCAUACACUAUCCCCCUUCAAUGUAGGGCCAACACUGGCAAAGCUGUACAAACAAACAGUUCUUAAUCAGUUUCAUGGAGUGAAGUACACGCACAUACAACAUUACUAACGACGGCUAACCAACAGUGGUUUGCGCAACAGAAAGAAACGCACAGUGAAUGACGCAAUAGGAUGGUCACUUGACGGAAGAGCACAAAAACUAUAAAGAAGUACGACUAACGAAGACUGACAAGACAAGACAAGACAAAAUGAUUUAUUAAACUCAGCUCAGUGUUACAUGACAUAAAGGUUACAUUUACAUAGGCAUCUAAACACAGUACAACUAAGUCUGAGACAAAGUGAAUUUUGUCGUUGGUCAGAUAAUUUUCACUGACGCUUUUCUUUUUUUUUUGUUCUUUUUUUUUUGUUCUUUGCUUUCUUUUUCUGCUUUCAAAAUCACGUUUACUUAAUAUUUUCUGUUCUUCCUUUGAUUGUCUGGAUUCUUGCAUAGAUGAGUAGUUUGUUAUUUAUUCCAUUAAAAUGGACGUUCUUUUCACACCGUGUUUUGUAUGCUUUAAUGAUUUUACUAUAAGCCACAAUUUAACGAUCUUGUUUUUUUUUUUUCAGGAUUUGCGUAUUGCUAGAACAGUAGCCGUAGUCAUUGGCCUUUUUGUCAUCUGCUGGACUCCAUUUUUUGGCAUCAACUUCGGGUUCGCGGUUUGUAUAGCCACACUGUUCAAGGGAGCUGGUUGUCCAGGCCUUAUGACUUUGCCAAAGUGGAUUUUUUCCGUAAGCAAGUGGCUUCAGUACGGGAAUUCGGUUUGUAAUCUCGUUAUUUAUGGCUUCCGCAAAAAAGAUUUUCGGCGAGCGUUUCGAAAGAUUUUACUCGGAUUGUGCCGUAAAAAGGUGCGGCUGUCAGAUUACAGCAAGAGCGCGUACGGACGCACGGUACGAAGCGCUUACUUACGCCGAGAAUCAAGCUUUGAAAAAACCCGAUCAGUCAUUUUCCCUCCCAACGUACCGCUUGGAAUGUUUGACAUGCGGGACAGCUACCAUAAGGCGAUACAAAGCGGACGCAGCAAGCCGAUUAAGCUUAAAUUUACACCAAAGAAAAGUGUGGCAAAUGAUCUGCUAUCGAUAAACGUUGACGCGUUUCGCACUUCAAAUGAAUUUACUUCCAGUACAAGUGUCUGGAAUUCGUCUUCCGAGGCUUCCGUCUCUCCAGCGGAGCUUUGUAACCCUGCCUUCGAGGAGGACGAUCAAACCGAUAUCUGCCCUAUAGAUCAAGCGAUACCAGUGAGAGAUUCCAGCGACAGCAUCUCCUCAGAAUCAACUAAUUCUGUGUAUAAGAGUUCCUCAAAAGGAUCUGUGCAUAGCGACCAAGCCUACGUUCGAUUUUCGGAUUCCAAAACCAAGGAAAAGGAUAGCGAACCCAAAACUGCUGCUAACCUUGGUUCUGCUUUGGACAGGAAAAGGUCGUUAUCGGAGAUAUUUCUACGUACGACCAGUGCAAAAGACAGUCUCAAAAGAAAACUGCGGUCGUCUUUUUCUUAA